AUGAGUGCCCGGGGGCCUUCUCCAGUGACUGUCUCCUUAGGAGCCCUGGUGGUGUGCGUGGGGGCCCUUUGCUUGUGUCUCUCCUCGGAUGCCCUACCUUUGCCUCCUUCUCCUGGCAGACGAGCAGUCCGUGGCAUUUUCGCUCCUCGAAUUCCUUUGGGGGCACUGAGUCCCAAGACACCCAUUUUUCCCGAGGAUGCCAUUAAGCGUUGGGUGGGUGCUCUUCGAGGGGGGGGCCUCUUUGGGGGCUCCGCUGGUCCUAAGAAGGACGGCGGGGGCCCCCCUAGUGGACCCUCUCAGGGGGGAGGAUCUCCCAGCUCAGCCCCUCUGAAGGCCCCAAACUUGUUGACCCUUGGAGCCCCGCACUCGUCUGACGUAGCCGCAGUGUAUGUACACCCCAAGAGGGCGCGGUCCUUGGGGCUGCAACCAGGGGUCCCUCUGGAGCUGCGAGGCCGGCGAAAACGCCAAACUGCCGGAGUGUUGAUUGAGGAUUCGGCGCUUGCGGAAGAUCUAAUUUCGGUCCAUCCACGAGUUUGCAGACAACUCAAGCUGGUGGAAGGAGACCUUCUGCUCAUCAACAGGCUGCAAAGUCUGCCUCCAGCUGCUAAUGUAUACAUCCAGGUCUUUCGCGACUCUCUACCCCCAGCAGGGGUUGCGGGAGCUGGGAGGGGAGGCCCUGCGGAGCCUCGGCAGGGAGCGGGGUCUCUAAGAGGCCCCCUCGUUGAUGAGGCCAUGCAGAGGGCUGUGGACUGGUUCUUCCGUUCUCGCGCGCGUCCUAUCCGCGUGGGAGAUCAGUAUAAGGUCCCUGUGCCGCUACAACAAGGCCCCAGGAGGGAAUCUCAAAGAGCUCCUGGGGAGUCCCCCGACAAAGGCCCCGUAGAGGAGAUCGAGGUCAAGGUGAUGCGGCUAGAUGCAGACACGGAGAAGGAUAUAGAGUUUGGGUUGGUUGGAGAAGGCUCCGAAAUUUUUACUGGGGAAGAGACUCUGGAGAGGGACGCCUUUGACUCCGCGAGCGAGGUGACCUAUGAUGACCUUGGGGGCCUCCGUCGGGAAAUUCAGCUCUUGCGGGAGUCUGUGGAGUUGCCUCUGAGGUUUCCCCAUAUCUUCAAACAAAUGGGGAUAGCAACCCCUCGAGGAGUUCUUCUGCACGGGGCUUCGGGCGUAGGCAAGACGCUUCUCGCGAGGGCAGUGGCCACGGAGUGUGGCGCCAACUUUAUCGUAUUGAACGGCCCGGAAGUCAUGUCGCGUAUGGCUGGCGAAACCGAGGCAAACUUACGUCGAGUCUUCGAGGAGGCCGCAUCCCUCUCACCGUGUCUUGUCUUCAUUGAUGAAAUCGAUUCUAUUGCAACCAAGAGAGAGAAGACUCAGGGAGAGAUGGAAAAGCGCCUUGUUGCGCAGCUGCUGACACUUAUGGAUGGCAUUGGAUCCAACAAGAAUGUGGUUGUUUUGGCUGCUACUAAUCGCCCGAAUCAGCUGGACCCUGCCCUUCGCCGGUUUGGCCGCUUUGACCGCGAGAUAGAAGUGCCCGUGCCCGACGUUUCGGGCCGCUACGAGAUCUUGAAAAAGAAGACUCAAAAGAUGCGGCUCAAGUCAGAUGUCGAUCUGCAGCGCAUUGCUGCUGACGCGCAUGGAUUCGUGGGGGCAGACCUGGCACAGCUCUGCCUUGAGGCUGCCCUCCUCUGUCUUAAGGAGCAAGUGCAGAACAUUGAUUUCGAUAAAGACGCAGUGGACCCGGAAGUGUUACAGCGCCUUGAGGUAGGCCAGCAGCAUUUCAUCUCAGCUCUCGCGGCCGUGAACCCCAGUGCGCUUAGAGAACGCCAUGUGGAGGUACCCAACGUUCGCUGGGAAGACAUUGGGGGUCUCGAAGAUGUCAAGAGGGAGCUAAAGGAAACAGUUCAAUAUCCAGUCGAACAUGCAACGAAGUUCCGUGAGUUUGGACUUCAACCCUCGAGAGGAGUCUUGUUUUACGGGCCCCCGGGAUGUGGGAAGACGCUGCUGGCUAAAGCUGUAGCCAACGAGUGUAAGGCGAACUUUAUAUCGGUGAAGGGGCCCGAGCUGCUGACAAUGUGGUUUGGAGAGUCAGAGGCGAACGUCAGGGACCUCUUUGAUAGAGCAAGAGCAGCUGCUCCCUGUAUUAUCUUUUUUGAUGAAAUCGAUUCUAUUGCGAAAACCAGAGGAAGCGGCGGAGGCUCUGGCAGCGAAGCAUCAGAUCGCGUAAUAAAUCAAAUUCUUACCGAGAUCGAUGGAAUCGGCAAACAAAAGCAAAUCUUCAUUAUUGGUGCCACCAACAGGCCAGACAUCCUGGACCCCGCGGUGACUCGCCCUGGCCGACUGGAUCAGCUCUUGUAUAUUCCACUGCCGGACCAGAAAAGCCGCGAGAGCAUAUUUAAGGCGAAUCUCAGGAAGACUCCGAUUUCCAAAGACGUUAGCAUCGAAGCACUCGCCAAACGUACUGAAGGAUUCUCUGGAGCGGACAUAACUGAGCUGUGCCAGCGAGCCGCCAAGUUUGCAAUACGCGAGAGCAUCGAGGCCGAAGCCGCGGGGAAGAAGGAGGCUGUUAGGCAACUUGAGAAGAGGCAUUUCGACCUUGCUGCUAAAGACGCAAGGCGUUCUGUGUCGCCGCAUGUUGUCACGGCCUAUGAAGAAUUUAGGCGCAAAUUGAGAUCUGGCAGCGGCGAGGCAAUGCCUUCGUCUUCGUCUAUUUAG